AUCCGGUCGUAAACAACAACAACAACAUCAGGCGCAGUUAACGGACCGCACUGUAGAAAAUGAUGCACCGAGUCUUACUAGUGUUCAUGGCCGCUGCCGGGGUGUCGGUGCUCGGCCUCCCGCGGCUGGAGGCCUCUCCCCCGGGCGGAGAGCCGUGCGCCGCCCCGCUGCAGUGGGAGGGCAGGUGGGUGAUGUACGACCACAGCACCGGGAGGAACAGCCGGGCGGCGGUCUCCUACGACGGCUUGAACCAGAGGAUCCGAGUCCUGCAGCAGCACAAGAAACACACUCCGUGUCAGAGGUUUUUUGAGUACAUCUACCUGUAUCAGAGCAUGGUGAUGUUCCAGAUCGACCAGAAGACCAAAGACUGCUCUAAGAUCGCCCUGACCGAGGACUGGGAUCCCUUCGACAUCCCAGCUAACUCCACAUUUGAAGAGCAGUACUUCAUCGGCGGCCCCGGGGACGACGUGGAGGUCCAGGAGUGGUCCGACAGGAAACCAGCCCGCCAGCAUGAGACCUGGGUGGGUGUUUACACCCUGAAGGACUGCUACCCGGUGCAGGAGACCUACACCAGGAACAGCAGCGUCACCACCUCCACCCGUUUCCUCAACCUGCAGCUGGGCAUCAGCGACCCCGACGUCUUCACCCCGCCCACCACCUGCCAGUCUGCCCGGCCCGAGAGGAUGUUGGAGUUGGAGUGCUGAGGCCACGCCCACAUCUCACCUUUGACCUUAGAAACCUGACAGCUGCUUGAGUCUAAAAUCACUCCUUUGCUGCUUAAUUUAGUUUAAACACUGAUGAUUCGACAGCUGGGAAACAAAUAAUUUAAUCAAAGAGUCACUUUUGCUAAUUCUUUUAGCUCAAACUAAACUUACUAUUUGAUUUUGUUUAAUAAAUAACUUGGAGGAAUGUUGUGUGAGUUUACACUUGAGGUUCGAUUUGAUUCAUUUCACAGAUUUUCACAGGUAUUUUGUCAGACUUGUCCUGAGAAAGCUGCUUCAGCUGAGGUUUGAGGACAAAACUAACUGUUCCCUGAGAUGUUCCACUGCUUGUCUGCUAUUUUAUUGUUCUUCAAAAACAAGUUAAACAGGUUCUGAAUUUUGGUUUCUUUUGUCUCAUAAAUGUUUGUUAGAAAUGCUCAGAACACUAAAAAUAAAUCUACACAGCUUGUCAAUAAUUUCUACAUCGUAGAAACAUUUUAUUUCAGCUCACACCAACUAAACGGCUCAUCAAUGGGAAAAAUAAAACUAGAAAAAAAAUCUGAACAAAAAAAAAGGUAAAUGUUUUCACCUGUACGUCCUUGAGAAAAUCUGAGUAACAAUUGUUAGAAAAUGAAUGUAUUUUUUAUGUUUGGGCCUAAGUUACACUGAAAUUUCAUUACAUAUUACUUUACAUUUCUGCAUCCUGCAACAGGGGCGUGGCUAUGGGUGGGCCUAAGUGGGCCUAGCCCCACCCACUUUGUACCUGGGCCCACCCAAAUCAAAUGGCUUUCUUAAAUCUAAAAAUAAAAAUAAAAUUCUUUGUAUAAUUUA